UGGCGCUUCCUUGGCACAUGGGAAGGCUUCAUGAUGGUGCGCUUCGCCGCUCAGAGCUCCCAUCCCGAGUGCUACGCCGUGAAUGGCGUCAACUGUCUGCUUGGCGAGAACGUCGACGACCUCUUGCCACUACUGGCCGCGUACGAAGGCAAUCGGACCAGCGGCAACAACGAUACGAGUCUCUCAACAUUUCCAGCGCCGUGCGGACCCGCGCGUCGAGAGCACUGGGGCAACGAAGGCUACUCUGGCUCAAACGAGUGGUGCUGGGCGGCAAAACGGCAGCUUCCGCUCUUUGACGCUCGUGGCAGCCUCGCCCACUGUGUCUCCGGGCCUCUCGGUAUUGCGGCCGUGCGGUCUUUCCAGCAAAGAUCGUAUUGCGUCUCCAAAGUCCAAUGGUCGUCGUUUGGGGAGUGCCGAUUCUUCUCCAACUGGGCGACGUGCCAAGCGAGCGUCGAGCGACUGCUUCUUCAAGACGACGGUUUGUACUCCUACGGCGAGUCGAGCUGCAAUGGCAACGAGAAAACGUGCGUCGACCCACCAAGUUACAACUACGGUUUCUCGCUGCCGUCGGGGGAUGGUCUUUUCGGCGGCAUCCUCGCGGGUCUCUUUGCAGUUGGCGUGCUCGGCGCUCUCGCUGGCUUUUACAUCAAGAAGAAGGACCGUCAGAUGGCAGCCUCGCGACCUGCGAUUGAAGCCACCGUGUGCUCGAGCAAGGACGGCGACGAGGACGACGAGGAAGAUGAUUUUCCCGUCUAUCGAGCCUCCAACUACGUGCGGGAUGAUUCAAGAUCUGAGCCUGAGCAGCCCUAGUUAAAAGAUAUUGGAUCCAAUGUACAUUAUUUGCAUCUUUGAAACCUGCUAAUACACUUGUGGCUAGU